CUCAAAUUUUUUCCCUUUCUUUCUUUGGCAUAUUUUUCAACUUUAAAGAAUGGCCACCGAGGAAUCGCUCGCAAAGGCUGUAGAGAAAACUAAGCUCUCGGACGACGUUGCUGUGGAAGAGCAACCACAAGAACCGAAUGGCGCCAACGGCGCCUCUGGUGCUUCUUCUGCUGCUAAGAAGAAAAAGAAGAACAAGAAGAAGAAAGCUUCUGGCGCUGCCAAUGGCAAUGAAGCUACGAAUGAUACCGAAAACAACAAUGCUGAAGAUGCUGAAGACGAGAACAACGACGAGAAUGAGGACGUUGAAGCAGCAGUAGCAGCAGGUGGUGAAGGAGCUUCUGAAGGAGCCGCCAAGAAAAAGAAGAAGAAGAAAAACAAGAAGAAGUCCCCUAAAACACAAACUGAACCUCCCACUGUACCUGUCGCCAAGCUGUUCACGAGCAACGUCUUCCCAGUGGGCGAGGAGCACGAAUACCGAGACGACAAUACAUGGCGCACAACGAAUGAAGAAAAGCGAGCUGCUGAAAGACUCGCCAACGAUGAUUAUAAUGACAUGCGCAAGGCUGCAGAAGUGCAUCGUCAGGUGCGUUCGUAUGCUCGUAAAGCUAUCAAGCCCGGUAUGAGCAUGAUUGACAUUUGUGAGACUAUUGAAAACGGUACUCGCAAUCUGGUCGAAGAAAACGGACUCCAGGCUGGUAUUGGUUUCCCCACCGGUUGUUCACUCAACCACUGUGCUGCCCAUUACACGCCAAAUGCCGGUGACAAGACUGUCUUGAGCUAUGACGAUGUCAUGAAGAUCGAUUUUGGUGUCCAUGUCAAUGGUCGUAUCAUUGAUUCCGCUUUCACGAUGCAUUUCAAUCCCAAGUACGACAGAUUGAUUGAAGCUGCCAAGGAAGCUACAUAUGCCGGUGUUAAGGAAGCUGGUAUCGAUGUUCGCUUGUGUGAUAUCGGUGCUGCUGUCCACGAAGUCUACGACUCGUACGAAAUCGAGUUGGAUGGCAAGACCCAUGAUAUCAAGCCUAUUCGCAACUUGAAUGGUCACACCAUUGAACCCUACCGUAUACAUGCGGGUAAAUCCGUCCCCAUCGUGAGAAACUCUGGUGAUGAAACUAAGCUUGAGGAAGGUGAGCAAGUUGCUAUUGAGACAUUCUGUUCGACUGGUCGAGGUUAUGUAAUUGAGGACGGUGAAUGCUCGCAUUACGCCAAAACAUAUGAUGCCGCCCAUGUCCCAAUCAGAGUUCCCCGUGCCAAGUCUUUGCUCGCUAGCAUCAACAAGCAUUUCGGCACUUUGCCUUUCUGUCGACGUUACCUCGAUCGCGUAGGCGAAGAAAAAUAUCUAUUGGGUCUGCGAAACCUGGUUUCUUCCGGUGUUGUUACUGCUUAUCCACCUUUGUGUGAUACAAGAGGUAGUUACACAGCCCAGCUUGAGCACACAAUUCUGCUGAAACCGACAUGCAAAGAGAUUUUGUCUAAGGGUGACGAUUAUUAGUUGGAAAAUAAAGUUGUUGAAUGACGAGAGUAGAAA